AUGUAAUAAAAGGAAAAGUAAGAAUCGAGUGAUGAAGAAAUAGAAGUCUAACCAUAAUAGUAAUAAUAAGUGGUAGUGAAGAAAAACACUUAAUAUAACUAAUAAUUAAUUGACAAAUUAAACAAACCCCAUCAAUUUUGGUAAACUCAACCUAUGCCCAAUAUAAAUGAGAUGGAGAAGUUGCAGCCUGGUCCCAUUCAACAAGGAGUAUUGGCUGAGGUCAGAAAGGAUCCACUUAAUUUAAUUGACAAAUUUGAAUGGUUUAAUGUUGACUUGAGAAAUGAUGAAUAAGCUCAAUAAGUUUACACUUUAUUGAAGGAGAAUUAUGUUGAGGAUGAUGAUAAUAUGUUUAGAUUCGAUUAUUCAAUUGAAUUUUUGAGAUGGGCACUAUUACCCCCUGGACAAUAUGCCGAUUGGUUGGUUGGCGUAAGAGUCAAUUAGAAACUAGUUGGAUUCAUCACAGGUAUUCCAGUAACACUCCACAUUGAAAAUGAACAAAACAAAGUGAAAAUGACAGAAAUUAAUUUUCUGUGUGUCCAUAAAAAAAUAAGGGCUAACAGAUUAGCUCCUGUCUUAAUUAAAGAAAUCACUAGAAGAGUACACAUCAAGAAUAUGUGGCAAGCCGUAUAUACAGCAGGAAUUGUUGUCCCAACUCCCAUUUCUUAGACUAGAUAUUAUCAUAGAAGCUUGAAUGCAAAGAAAUUGAUUGAAGUUGGAUUCUCAUCGUUAUCAGCAAGAUAGACAAUUUCAAGAUAACAAAAACUAUACAAAUUACCUGAAGAACCAAAGACUCCUGGACUUAGACCAAUGAAAAAGAAAGAUGUGGCUUAGGUUACUAAAUUAUUAAAUGAAUAUUUGAAAAAUUUCAAGUUGUAUUUUAAAUAUACAGAAGAGGAAGUGAAGCAUUGGUUUAUCCCUAGAAAAGAUGUGAUUAGUACCUAUGUAGUGGAGAAGGAAUAAGGAAUUGUGACAGACUUUUUGUCAUUCUAUAAUUUACCAAGUUAAGUGAUAAAGAAUCCCAAAUAUACCCACUUGAAAGCUGCCUAUUCCUAUUACAAUGUUGCAACUUAAACACCUAUUGUACAGUUAAUGCAUGAUGCAUUAAUCUUAGCCAAAAAUGAAGGAUACGAUAUAUUAUGGAUAAUGAAAAAUUUUUAAAGGAAAUUAAUGUUUUGUCCUGGAGAUGGACAAUUAAAUUAUUAUUUGUACAAUUGGAAAUUAGAAAGCAACAUGCUUAAACCAGAAGAGAUAGGAAUUGUUCUUGUAUGAGUUAUAAAUAAAUAUACAUAUAUAAGUUAAUACUUUGUUUAA